UUUCCCACGCCUGCUGUUUUGGCGUCUGCCCUUUGCCCGUCGCCACUCCCUCCCCUCUCUUCUCACCCCUCUGCCCCGUCAAACCUCCCCCUUUCUCUCCCUGCUUUUCCUUCCAGUCUGCUUUGGAGAGGGCUGGGGGAGGGAUCUCGCGAUUGUUGGACCUUUUUUCGGGGGAUUGUGGGCUGGGGGGGGGAGUUAUUUGGAAGAUGGCGCCCGUUGUUACGGGGAAGUUUGGUGAGCGACCUCAGCGUUUGACAAGGGAAGCUAUGAGGAAUUACUUGAAGGACAAAGAUGAUCAAACAGUGCUCAUACUGCAUGCAAAAGUUGCACAAAAGUCAUAUGGCAAUGAAAAAAGGUUUUUCUGCCCUCCACCGUGUGUGUACCUGAUGGGCAGUGGCUGGAAGAAGAAAUUAGAGAAGAUGGAGAAGGAGGGUUGUACUGAGCAGGAGGCCCAGCCAUGUGCAUUCAUUGGGAUAGGGAACAGUGAGCAGGAGAUGCAGCAACUCAAUCUGGAAGGGAAGCACUUCUGCACAGCUAAGACGCUGUAUAUCAGUGACUCAGAUAAAAGGAAACACUUCAUGCUGACUGUGAAGAUGUUAUAUGGGAACAGCGCCAACAUAGGAGUAUUCCUCAGCAAGAGGAUCAAGGUCAUCUCCAAGCCAUCCAAGAAGAAACAGUCCUUGAAAAAUGCAGAUUUGUGCAUCGCUUCAGGGACUAAGGUAGCAUUGUUUAACCGUCUGCGUUCCCAGACGGUCAGUACCAGGUACCUUCAUGUGGAGGGGGGGAACUUUCUUGCCAGCUCCCAACAGUGGGGAGCCUUCUACAUCCACCUUUUGGAUGAUGAGGAGUCUGAAGGAGAAGAGUUUGCUGUGAGAGAUGGCUAUAUUCACUAUGGCCAGACGGUCAAAUUGGUCUGUUCUGUUACUGGCAUGGCCCUGCCCAGACUGGUCAUUCGCAAAGUGGACAAGCAGGCUGCAUCAAUGGAUGCAGAUGACCCAGUGUCCCAGCUUCACAAGUGUGCCUUCUACCUGAAAGAUACAGACAGAAUGUAUCUCUGCCUCUCACAGGAGAGGAUCAUCCAGUUCCAGGCCACACAGUGCUCCAAAGAGACCAACAAGGAGAUUGUUAACGAUGGCGCCUCCUGGACUAUCAUUAGCACUGACAAGGCGGAGUACACCUUUUAUGAGGGUAUGGGCCCCGUCCCCACGCCAGUCACACCUGUCCCUGUGGUGGAGACUCUGCAGUUAAACGGUGGAGGAGAUGUGGCUAUGUUGGAGCUUACAGGACAGAACUUUACCCCUACCCUCCGAGUGUGGUUCGGAGAUGUAGAGGCUGAUACCAUGUACCGAUGUGGAGAAAGCGUCCUGUGUGUGGUGCCGGACAUUUCCGCCUUCAGGGAGGGCUGGCGUUGGGUGAGACAGCCGGUUCAGGUCCCUGUCACGCUGGUCCGCAACGAUGGAGUCAUCUACUCCACCGCUCUCACCUUCACCUACACCCCUGAACCGGGGCCCCGGCCCCACUGCAGUGCUGCUGGGGCCAUUCUGCGGACACAUAGCAUCUCGUCGUCAUCGCCAGCAUCUUCAUCUUCGCCAUCCUCGUCGCUGGGCGGGCUCGGGGAAGGCCACGGGGCGUACAACAGUAGUGACUCAGGCUUGUCCUCAGCCAUGUCGGUGCUGUCAUAGUAAUACUUAUUCUCUUAGUGAUGUUUUAGUACGUGUGCAUUGAUUGACUGGGUUGGAAAAUGUGUGCGUGUACUUGUGAGCCAAAGAGGCUCGUGGACCUGUGAAGAAUUGCACACAGACUCAGAAACUCUUCAUCAAAGACAAACUCUGAUCAUCAAAGCUAAAGAGAGUUGGAAAGAGAGAAUGCUUGGCAUGACUGAAGACUCUCUGUAGCUCCCUCUCCUGGUUUGUUGUGGACAUGUCCAAAGCCCCACUCAAAAGACUCUUCCCCUGAGAAGACAAAUCUGCCAUGUUAAUUGUCACAACAACCUGAUUGGUACAAGAACCAUUUAGCUUUGUAUAUGCUUGUGGGGUUGGAAGCUAUUUUCACUACACUCUCUUUUUACCGAGUUAUGUUUUUACUGAAAAGCUUGUUCAUGGUUAUGUGCAAGGGG